AUGUCACGUGCAAAAGCAGUCGCAACGCCCAGCUACUGCUGCUCGCGCUCCUUCUUCUCCUUCUUUGCCGCUUGCACGGCGGCUAGGCGGGCCAGGAGCCGCGCCUCCUCGUCGUCGUCGACGUCCAUGCCGUCGUCGGGAGUGGCGGCGGCGGCGAUGGCGGCGGCGGCGGCGGCUUCUUCUCGUCGUUUUCGGCGACGCUCGGCAUGCACCGAGUUCUUGUCGACCCCUUUCGGGCCCUUUGCGGCCUUGUUCUUGGGGCGGCGGGGCGGCGGGCGGCGGGCGGCGGCGGGGGCCGGGGCAGACGGUGUGGUGAACGAAAAAGUGCCACCGUUAAAGGUGACACCGGACCACUGGUUCACGGGAGCCGGGGCCGGGGGCGCGGCGGGGGCGCGGCGGGCGAGGGGGCGGCGGGCGGGAGGGCGGCGAGCAGCAGGGGCAGGCGUGGGCGGAGCGGCCGGGGCAGCGACGGGGGCAGCGACGGGGACAGCGGGCGCGGCGGGGACAGCGGCAGCAGGCGCAGGCGGGGAAGGGGGAGCGUUGGUGAGGCCGUCCAUUUUGACGGCUGUUGCUGUUGCUGUUGCUGUUGCUGUUGCUGUUGCUGUUGCUGUUGCUGUUGCUGUUGCUGUUGCUGUUGCUGUUGCUGUUGCUGUUGCUGUUGCUGUUGCUGUUGCUGUUGCUGUUGCUGUUGCUGUUGCUGUUGCUACUGCUGUUGCUGUUGCUAUUGCUGUUGCUGUUGCUACUGCUGUUGCUGUUGCUAUUGCUGUUGCUAUUGCUGUUGCUGUUGCUGUUGCUAUUGCUAUUACUAUUACUAUUACUGUUGCUAUUGCUGCUAUUGUUGCUGCUGCUAUUGCUAUUGCUAUUGCUGUUGCUAUUACUAUUGCUAUUGCUAUUGCUAUUGCUAGGUUGAGGGGAGAAGAAGGACAGGAGUGA